AAAUUUGAACCUUUUCAUUUAAAAAAUUAAACUCAAAUUUUGCGCCUUGGAAUCCGAUUGUGAUUGACCAAUUCUUAUCACAUGGUUGGUUUGAUUAUAAAUUUGCGACACAAAUUGGCAAAGAGAGGAUAGACUAUACACUACUUACCCUAAGGACUUAAUACUUACACUCUUCUUCUUCCAUUUCUCAACCUUAAUCAAAAUUACUAUUCCUUAAUGAUUCUCAUUCAAGAGAACAGCUUUUGCCCCACUGGAAUGAAUAUAUUAUAUUGUUUGUAGAGAAAUUUUGUGGUUCAAUUGAAUGGGUUGCUAUUUUUCAACUUCAAAGAAAUCCAAAAUUCCAGGUUAUGAGGAUCCCACUGUUCUUGCUUCUGAGACACCUUGUGAGUAUCCAUCAUCAUUAAGUGUUACUGUGAGUGAAGUAGAGGCGUUAUAUGAACUCUACAUGAAGUUAAGCAAUUCAAUUAUUGAAGAUGGUCUUAUUCAUAAGGAAGAAUUUCAGCUAGCACUCUUCAGGAAUAGAAACAAGAGGAAUCUGUUUGCAGACAGGAUUUUUGACUUAUUUGAUGUCAAGCGCAACGGGGUUAUUGAGUUUGGUGAGUUUGUUCGAUCGCUUGGUGUUUUUCAUCCAAAUGCACCUUUAGAAGACAAAAUUGCAUUUGCUUUUAGGUUGUAUGAUCUGAGACAAACAGGGUACAUUGAAAGAGAAGAGUUAAAGGAAAUGGUAUUGGCACUUCUAAAUGAAUCAGAUCUUGUGCUUUCAGAUGACAUGAUAGAAUCAAUUGUGGAUAAGAUGCUGAUACAAAAGAUGAUGGAAAGAUCGAUCAAGAUGAGUGGAAAGCAUUUGUCACUCAGCAUCCAUCUUUGAUAAAGAACAUGACUCUUCCAUAUCUAAAGGAUAUUUCGAUGGCAUUUCCUAGUUUUAUUGCAAGAACAGAAGUUGAAGAGCAAGAAUUGUGAGAAAUUAGGGAGGUUUUUUGUUCACCGAGGAUGCUGCUACCUUGGAUUUUAUUUCACUUUUUGGUAUGCCAAAUUCCCGAUAGGGAAAUCUAACUCUAAGGCUACAAUUAAUUCACUUGAGUUUAAAUUGUUAUUCUAGUGCAAGUGAUAUAGCUUGUACAUUUAUGUAUGUGUAUAUAAUAUACCCGAUAGACUAAAUAGAGUAUUGGACCAUAUAACUUGGCCAUCUUUCUACUUAAGAGUUUAGAGACAUGAUAUUAGAUUUGCUUGUAAUAUUGACUUGCUUGAACACUCAUAAUUGUAAAAUGGUUAGAACCACUCUUAUUAAUAAUUUUAUUGAACAAUUAUUGCACUCUAUAA